AUGAUCAAUUUAAAACAUGUAGGCUCAGAAAGUGAUUCUCUCAAGGAUCAGUUCUUAAUAAAUUUAGAUAACAUGGUAGGUAAAGGAUCAUAUGGAAAAGUCUAUCUUGCAUAUAACUGUGAAGAUUAUUAAAACUAAUAGCUUAAUAAUCCUAUUUGCGCUAAAGAGAUACCUAGAGGACUAAUAUCAGAUAAAAUAGUUAAGUCCAUAAGAAAUGAGGCAUAAAUUCAAAUGUCUAGCAAGUCUCCUAGAGUUCUUAAAAUGUAUUCUUUUAAAUAGACUAAAUCAAAUGUUUAUUUCUUUUUAGAAUAUUGCCCUGAUGGUGACCUUAAAUAACUUAUCUACAAUAGUAAUCUUACAGAGAAGUAAAUUAUCUAUCUAUUUGGACAAAUAGCAUAAGCUCUUAAUGAAUUAAAAGACGAACGAGUUUACCAUAGAGAUUUAAAGCCAGAAAAUAUUCUCAUAAAAGAUGGUGGUAUUAAGAUAGCAGAUUUUGGAUUUUCUAAAAUCGUAACAGAAUUUACAAAAAACAAUACCUAGGUAGGAACUCCAUUAUACAUGUCUCCUUAAGCAUUAUCAUCAAGCUACUAUGAUUUAGAAAAAAAUGACGUUUGGAGUGCAGGAUGUUUAUUGUAUGAGAUGGUUUAUAAGAAACUUCCAUGGAAAGUGAAUAUAGAUACUAGUGUUGGAGGGUUAUUCUAAAUAAUCAGUACUGGAAAUAUUAAUUUUCCAAAAGAAGUGAAUGUAUCUCAAGAAUUAAAAGAAUUAAUUAAUUUAAUGUUGGAAGUUGAUGAAGAAGGAAGACUAGAUUGGGAUGAUAUAAUUAAUAAAGAAAUAAUCAAAAAGAGCUAAUAAGAUCAAGCGAUUAAGGGUUAAAUCUAAUAAAUAGCUUUAAAUAACAGAUAAAAGCUUCUAAAUGAGUAGAUAGCAAAACAAUAGCAGCUCAUGGCCUAAAAGCAGUAAUAAUAAAAAUGUUAAUAAUAAUAAGAAAAUUAAAGUUAGGCUUAGUUGAAAAAAGCAGGAUCAAAUGUAGAAAAUGUAAACUCAGACGAAGAUGAAGACAUUUUCGAGUCAAGCAAUGACUACUAACAAGAAAAUAUAUCUUUAAAAAUAUAGGAUGAUACACCUUAAAUAUGGAAAAUAAUUUAAAUGCAUAGAGCCCUGUAUAAAUAAAUAUAAGCUAAUCUGUAAGAGUCUAGUGAGAAAUUUAAUUUUUUAAUUUGCCUAAAACACGAGGAAUUUUCUCUUUGCAAAAAAUAUGUUGCUCUAGCUGAAAAACAAAAAAAUAAACUUGAUUCUAAUAUUUAUGAUUAAAUUUAGUUUUUGAUUUAAGAUAUUUAAAAAGGAAAUUAAUACAAAGAGCUAUAACAAAACCUUUAAUAGCUAAUUAAUAUUACCAAACAAAAUGUCAUCAUAAAUAAAGAAAAUUAUUUGUCUAUCCUACAAAAUACUUAUCUCAAAUACAAAUAAAAGGAGCUUGAGACAAUUAAAACUAAAAGUGAGCAAGAGCAGCAUUUUACACUACUUUUGCUCUCAAAAAUAAAAUUUAUCGCUUAUCACGAUUAUGAAUACAGAGGAAGUUACAAAAUUUCUAAUUUAGAUGAGCUUUAAACUAGCCAACUUCUUAAUUACAUAAUAGUUUGA